AUGGCAAACGGUCGCUCUUCUCAGGAUGAACGCAAGCUCGAGGGCGGGAGCCAGGCUCCCCCCCCCGAGCCAGGUUUGUGGAUUGGAUUGAGUUCCAGCGUCAUCCUGUUCAACAAGUGGGUUCUGUCCGCUGCCAAAUUCAACUUCCCCCUCUUCCUCACAACAUGGCACAUGGUGUUCGCGACCUUGGUGACCCAGAUCAUGGCCCGCACCACCAACCUCUUGGACUCCCGCCACAAGGUCCCGAUGAACGCUAGCACGUAUAGCCGCGCUAUCGUCCCCAUCGGCAUCAUGUUCAGUUUGUCUCUGAUUUGCGGUAAUCUUGCCUACCUCUACCUCAGCGUUUCCUUCAUCCAGAUGCUGAAGGCCACCAACGCUGUCGUGACCCUCUUCGCCACCUGGGCUUUCGGAAUUGCCCCGGCCAACUACAAGCAGCUGGGCAAUGUUACCGUCAUUGUCAUUGGUGUCGUUAUUGCCUCCUUCGGCGAGAUCAAGUUCGACAUGCUUGGUUUCCUGAUCCAGGUCUCUGGUAUCAUCUUCGAGGCCCUCCGUCUGGUUAUGGUUCAGCGCCUCCUCAGCUCCGCUGAGUUCAAGAUGGAUGCCAUCGUCUCUCUCUACUACUACGCCCCGGCCUGUGCUGCCAUUAACGGUGUCGUCACUCUCUUUACUGACGUUCCCCGCAUGACUAUGGGUGACAUCUACGGUGUCGGCCUCAUGACCCUUGUUGCUAAUGCCAUGGUUGCUUUCCUCCUUAACGUUUCCGUUGUUCUUCUUAUCGGCAAGACCUCUGCCGUUGUUCUGACUAUGGCGGGUAUCCUGAAGGAUAUCCUGCUGGUUGCUGCCUCCAUGAUCAUUUUCCGGGACCCUGUCACUGCUCAGCAGUUCUUCGGUUACUCUAUCGCUCUGGGAGGUCUCACCUACUACAAGCUUGGAGCUGAGAAGAUCCACAACUUGGCUACCGAUGUCCGUCUCCAGAUUGGCGAGUACCGUCGCACCAACCCUGCUUUGGCCAAGACUAUUGCCAUCGGUGCCGUCGUCAGCGUCAUCUUGCUUGUCCUGUACAACGGCGCCCCCGCUCCCAAAUUGACUACCUAA